GGUACUCAAGUGUGGAUAUAGAACCUGUAAAGGUAAUCAAAGUUAUUCCAAUAAAAAGAGAAGAGAGGAACAAAGCCGUCAAUUUAUAGGAACUCAGAUUGAUCAGAUGUCCAAAAUGAUGGAAGAAACAGAAAGAGUUAUAGAACAAGAAGAAGAAAAAGAAGGGUUAGUAAAAGAAGAAAUAUGGAGCUGGGGAGCAGGAACUGAGGGACAAUUAGGAACAGGAAAACUCCAAGAUGAACACCAACCUCAACUCAUUCAUUCUCUCUCUUCUUUUACUUCCAUCUCUUAUCUCUCCUGUGGUGGUGCCCAUGUCAUUGCCCUCACUCCUGGUGGAAGAGUGCUAACAUGGGGGAGGGGUACAUCUGGUCGGUUAGGUCAUGUAGAGAUGGUUAACUGCUUACACCCAAAGUAUGUGGAAUCUUUGGAAGGCGUCUUUAUUACACAUGCUUCUGCUGGAUGGAAUCACUCAGGAUUCGUGUCAGACACUGGUUACGUAUUCACUUGUGGAGAUGGUUCAUUUGGUCAGCUUGGGCAUGGGGAUUAUGUCUCAAGAUGUUCUCCUGUACAAGUGUUGCACUUUAAGACUAGGCAUGUCGUGCAAAUUGCUUGUGGUAUGCGCCAUUCACUUGUCUUACUAAAAGGAGAUACCGAGGAUCUUAUCUAUGGAUUUGGCUCUGGAAAACGUGGUCAACUCGGUAUAUCUGAUGACAAACAGAAGUCACUUAGUAUUCCUCAUGUUACUUUGGGUUUGGAAAAUGUCAAAAUCAGGAUUAUCGCUGCAAAUGGAGAUCAUAGUGCAGCAAUAUCUCUGAAUGGGCAUUUAUAUAUAUGGGGAAGAGCAUUCUGUGGCGCCUCAGAUGUGUAUAGACCCUGCCGUGUUACUGCAGACUUACCAUUAAUCCAAGUCGCUUUAGGAUGGAAUCAUGCUCUUGUAUUGACAGGUGAUGGGGAAGUAUACAUGCUUGGCAGAUACAAUUAUAAUGUUCCUACGGGUAUUCAGAAUGACAACUUGAUGAAGCAUAUAUCAGAAGAUGAAGCUGUCAUGCAAAGAGUCAUUGACUUUGAUAGUAGAAAGGUUGUCCAAAUUGGCGCCGGAGCUGAGCACUCUGCCUUGGUAACAGAUGACGGAUCUGUAAUGACAUGGGGAUGGGGUGAACAUGGUCAGCUUGGAUUAGGAGAUACAGAUGAUCAAACUGGCCCACGGAUUGUAAGUUUAUGCAAUGAACAAUCUAGAAAACCAUGUGUCGGUAGAGUUUACUGUGGCAGUGGUUUUACAUUUAUUGUCAGGACGUAAUGCUGUGAAAUCUAGUUUCUAAUAUAGCAAUGUUCAGGAUUUGAAAUGUAAUUGUUCACUAUGUUUUCUUAUCCAAAAACUUGCUUGCUAUUUUAUGGCCA